ACACAAUUUCCUGGAUCGUAAUCUGAAACGAAAAGAGACUGACCCUUAUCCAUUCCAUCUCCUCAUCUUUUAGCUUUUGGAUUUCAAACAAACAGCUAGUCAUCAGUAACUCUUUGUCCAAUGGCAAUGGCAAUGGCAAUGGCGACAAUAGCAGAUGACGGGAGUAGAAGAUGGUGCAUGGCAUCUUUAAGAUCAGCUCUUCCUUCAACCACGACGGUCCCCUCAUCUCCAUCCUCAAUUCGUUUCCUAUCUUCGUUAUCUCGUCGCUAUGGCCUUAGUCUCGGCAGCCCUCGCCGCAACAAUCACUUUCGGCUUGCUUCCUCCUUUGCGGGUCUUUGCCCUGUAAACCCGCUUCUUUCCAUUGGCUUAGGCGAUUUGACCAGCUUUGAGCACGGUUUUGCCAUUGUUGACAAUGGGGGUCGUAUAUACGCUAUGAGGCAUGGCAAGCGUGUUCCCAAGCUCAACAGGCCCCCUGACCAGCGCCGUGCACUGCUGCGUGGCCUCACCACUCAGCUCCUGAAGCAUGGGCGUAUUAAAACCACCCGAGCAAGGGCCAGCGCUAUGAGGAAGUAUGUUGACAAGAUGAUCACCCUCGCCAAGGACGGGUCUCUUCACAAGAGACGGCAGGCUCUUGGCUUCAUUUAUGAAAAGCAAAUUGUUCAUGCUUUGUUUUCUGAGGUUCAGGAUAGGUACGGGGAGAGAAAUGGUGGUUAUACAAGGAUCAUUAGAACACUCCCCAGGCGGGGAGACAACGCUCCCAUGGCAUACAUUGAACUUGUUUAGGGGAAAGGAAGGAGAAACAAGCAAGUCAGUUAUCACAGGUGACAAAAUUUUCCAAGCAAUGCCAAUCUUAAAGGAUAUUUGGGAAGGUUUAUAUGUCCAAGGAGUCCACGAAAUUCCAAAAUCCAUUUAUUGUUGAUGUAAUCUGUUUGCUUUUAUGCAUUUAAUUUAAAGCAUAUUUCUAUUUGGGUUGUUCU